AUGAGUGUGAUGACAUGGUGCAUGGACAGGAGCAUAGUUGCUGUUUCGUUCCCUUUCUGGAACAUUGCUGCUGGAAACUAAUUGAAGCACUCUCAAUUUUGGAAGGAUUUUGCACUGGGCAUAUCUGGAUUUUGUGCAAUGUCGCGGUGCUUUCCAUUUCCACCACCAGGAUAUGAAAAGGAAGCUAGAACAGAUGAAGUAGACUUGUUAAAAAAGGAAAAGCACAAAGAAAAGAAACAUAAAAAGGAGAAAAAGGACAAAGAAAAGAAAGAAAGUAAGGAGAAGAGAGAAAAAGAAGGAAGGGAUGGAAAACAUAAGGAAAAGAAGGACAAAAAGGAUAAACACAGAGAAAAGAAGAAAGAUAGAGACAAGGACAAGGACAAGGACAAGGACAAGGACAAGGACAAGGUCAAGGAGAAGGAUAGGGACAAGGCAAAGGUGUUAGAUAGAGAUAACAGUAAAACAGGUACUGCGGAUGACAAAGAAUUUCCACGACAUGCUGAGGGUCCAAAUGUGGGUAAAGCCUACACAAAGGAUUCCAGGCAAAAUGAUAAGAAGGGUACUCUUGUUGAGGAGAAACCUGCCAAACAGCAUACCAUUGACAAUGGGGAGAAGGCCAGACAAAACAAUCAUCUGGCUAAGGAGAACAAGGAUUCUAAAAUCCUCAUGGAGUUGGAUAGGAUGGUUAGGGGUGGUAACGGAGGAGCUGAAAAUCAUUUGGUUCAGUUCACAGAUAUAAACCACAGGAAAGAGGAGGAGGCUGUUAGGUUUGUGGGAAAGGGCAGUGGUGCUUGGCUUGAUGGUAAGGAAAAACUCAAGGAUAAGGCUUUUAUUGCUAAGAAGAUCGAUGCAAAAGGAAUCCCGGCUCAAGACCGACCUAUUGCAAAUGCAGCUGUUCAGAAUCACGUUGGAAAUUUUCAUCCCAGAGUUGAUGGAGCACCCAAAGUUUUGGAGAAGAAUAGGACUUUGGAAGCUGGAAAUAUUCAUCCCAGAUUUGAUGGAUUAUCCAAACUUACGGAGAAAAAAAUUGAAAAGACUUUGANNAAGGAAAAGAAAGAUGAAGGAAAAGAAAAGGUUAAGGAAAAAAAAGAUGAAGGAAAAGAAAAGGUUAAGGAAAAAAAAGAUGAAAAACGGAGAGAAAAAAGGAAAGAUAGAGAGAAGGAGAAAAAAGGGCAUGGAAAGGACAAAGACAGGGACAAAGAGAAGAAAAAAGAGGAGAAAGCUAUGGAGCAUACCGAAGUUAAAAACAUAGAGCUCAAUAAAUCAAAAGAAUGCAACAAAGCUGGUCCUAUAGGUUUAAAUUCUUUGUCACAAGUCAAGAACGGCCAUGAGAAUGCUGUUACUGGUGAAAAUCCCAAGAAACGAAAGGAUGUUGAAUCAAAUGGAGUUCCACGUGCCAAUGACAAUUGGCCUAGUAAGCUGCCAAGACCAUCUUCCUCUCACCUGUUCGCCGAAAAUGGAAGGAUAUUGGAACCAUGCCAAAUUUCCAUUCCAAAUGCAUCUGACAGGCAAGGAGGAGCAGCCCCUAAUGUUAAGAUAGAAAACAAGGCAGGCAAGAUAAACGGCAUCAUUGCCACUCAGCCGUUUGAAGUUCCCUCAAACAAGAGCCAUAUUGCUCCUCCUGCACCAGCUGAACCGGUCAUUGGAGCAACCAUAAAACCCCCUCAUCCGGAUACCAAGUACCUAAGCCAGGUAUAUUCAAUACCGAAAAUGGAGGAGUGGUCUGGUUUCGAUGAUCAAGAAUGGUUGUUUGGUAGCAGUAAUUCUCCAGAAACGAGACGUGUGGUGGGAUCUUCAGAGGUUACAGAACCACAUCAAGUAUGGGCAGAAGGUUUGCACAUAGAGCCAGUAGAUGUCUUUGCUCUGCCAUAUGUCAUUCCAUACUGAUUGACUAAACGCAUGAUUGGCACAUGAUACUUCAAUUAUAUAGUCGGCACGAGGAAACCCUCCUUUCUAGGCCCCCUAUAUGGGACCAAAACUGCAGCACGAGGGAGGAGCUAGGAACUGAUUCCAAAUUUCUUGAAAGCAUUCUUUUGUUAUUUGCACACACACUGCAACAAAGUAACCAGUGACUGCUGAUUGCAUUGAUCUUAAAACUGUCUGGGGUGGUGACUUGUGAGUCUGACCAAUCACUCACCUUGGACCAACUUUGUGUCACUAUUAGUUGCAUUGUUUGAUGCAUUGCUGCAGGGCCUGGUUUUGGGGUGCAAUUCUUGUUAUGCAGCCUUUGCAGGUUGUGGAUAUACUGGGAGAGAGAGGAGAGGAGCGGAAACAUGCUAGCUUGUGCAUCAUCUUGUUUAUCUUAUUUUUGUUGAGAGCUGAGGCACUGUUUCUAAUUGAGGAAUGAGAAUGUAAGAAAAAGAAUACAUGUGUGGCCUUGGCAACUCCACCACAAUUUUGAUUUGUAACAUAUAGAACUUUCUUUUAAAAGGAUAUGUAUGGUAGAGAAGGGAGCC